GCCGUCGAUUUUAUUUCUGACAGUCACAGAAGGUGCUUGGAGGCCAGAAUUCCCUCCCCUUCACACUUACGCUCAUAACAUGUUGCCUCAAAUGUUGCGUGGUCUGCGACCGCUCGUUACGAAAACGGGACAGGUGAGAGCUCUGUCACAACUUUCUACCAUUAACGCCGAGGAAGUCCAAAAGUUUAGUGCGAAAUCGGCGGAAUGGUGGGAUCCUCAUGGUGAAUUCGGCAUGCUUCACCUUAUGAACCCAACACGCGUUUCCUAUAUCCGCGACCGUAUCGCACCGAUUGCUCAGGAUAGUACGCCAUUCAAGGGACUGAAAAUGCUGGAUAUUGGAUGUGGUGGUGGCUUGCUUUCAGAGUCUUUGGUACGACUAGGAGGCAAUGUCCUAGGAGCUGAUGCCUCUUACAACAAUAUACAAAUGGCUAUGCUUCAUUCUCGAAAGGACCCAGCUCUUUGGACGGGGCCAGGCCAGCUGGAAUAUCGAAAUACCACAGCAGAGGACUUAUUAGCCGAAGGAGAAUCGUUCGACGUUGUACUUGCAAUGGAAAUUAUAGAACAUGUAAAUAACCCCUCCGAAUUCCUUCGAGUAUGUGCUGACAUGGUUCGACCCGGUGGCAAACUGCUUCUCUCGACUAUUUCACGAACACCCAUGGCUUAUUUCUUGACCAAUUUCUUGGCUGAGGAUGUAUUGAAGAUGGUUCACAAGGGCACACACGAUUGGAGCAAAUACAUCAAGUCUGAAGAGCUCAGGGAAGCCAUUCACAGUUUACAAGGCGGUUGGCAAGUCGAUGAUGUGCGAGGAAUUGCCUGGAACCCACUCAGAGGACGGUGGGUUGUUAGUGAGAAAAAUGGUGAUAUAGGAGUAGCUGGUAUUGGAUCAUUAGAAGUUAAUUACGUCUUGACGGCAAGCAAGACGGAAUUUAAAUUUUUUGCAAUCGACACACAGGACUGGCUGGGCUCAAGUCAAAACUGUGCGAUGGGAGGGCAACCGUAUUGAACCUCCUUUUAUUCUUGUAGCAAUGGUCCGUAUCGAUACUUGAACAACCCUCAUCUAUCAUACAGCAUGAAUCCUUUCAACCGUAUGACCGAUGGAUGGAUGGAUGGAUGAACUACGCUUUCUUUCAGACAUCCUUAUGGGGGUUUAUUCGACAUUCGACUUUAGACAU